UUUAUGUGUUGUAGUAGAUGGUUUCCGGUGCGGUGUUGUUGUUGAAGCGCUAUGGUUUAUCAGCGCGGCCUCGAUCUUUUCGCCUGAGUUCUGUCGAGUUCUGCGGGUUCAUGUUCCGCGCCGCCGAGAUCAAGAGCUUCGGUAAAGCGGGAACCGGCUGGCACUUUCGGCGGACGAUGGACGAGCUGGUCCACGACUUGGUGUCGGCCCUGGAGGAGAGUUCUGAACAGGCUCGUGGAGGGUUCGGCGAUGGUGGAGAUCACGCCCUGGCCGUCGGUUGCCUGCUAAAACGUCAGGCUCGCAAGCGUCGUGGCCGUAAACGCCGGUCCGAUAACCCUCACCCGCCGUGGGACACCUGUCACCUGAGCGAAGGCUCCGAAUCCAGUCUGGAAGAGCAGAAGGACUAUCGUUCCUCCACGGCUGCUGGGGGCGCUCAUGCGCGCGACAACAACAACAGUGACUCUGAUGAGCAGCUGGGUGCGAAGCGCCGUACGCCACUCACCGCCGACUCGGGCAGGGGGAAGAGGCCGCUUUGGCUGGACGAUUUAAGCGGAGCUGACGCUUUAGGAACACGCAGUUUGAGGAGGCGUCGGAAGGUCAAGCGCAUGGCUGUAGAUCCACCUCUAGAGGUCACCACUAUGUUGGCACCGCCCAAACCCUCCACAGCAGGUGGCAGCAGAGAGGCAGGGUUCCUGGAGGGUAAAGGAAGUGAGGUAAAUAAAAACAGGGUGAAGAAAAGAAAGUUUGCGGCGCAGAGAUUCACGCAGGAUGUUGCGGAUGAAGGCGUAGUGGUGGAGAGCGAGGAGGUGGGUCAGGCGGCCAAAGACAAGAUGGACUUUGAGGAACAAAAGGGCUCAGAUGAGGACAUGAGUGACAGGUGCGAGACAAGCAGUGUCAGUAACAGCAGUGAUGGGGGUUUGUACACUAAUGAUGAGGGAAGACAAGGUGAUGAUGAGCAAAGUGAUUGGUUUUAUGACGGUGAGCCGGGCGGGGCUUGUGGGAUUGCGGGCGUGGUCCCAUGGUGGGAUAGAGAUUCGAAUGAGCUCGACCUCAAUGAUCCCGUGUUUAACAGCAUACUGACCGGAGCCUUUCCGAUAAUGUCACAGGGAGCUCAAAGAGGUUUUCAAGCACGGCUCGCUCGGCAGACUUGUCUUCAGCAGUCACAGGGAGCUUCUCAGGGAAUGGUUCAUGAUAGAUUACCACGGUUAUCACAGGAUCCUCAUGACACGUGGUUCAGUUCUGGGGCCAGAAGAGAUCAGUUGCUUUGGGAUUCUCGUAGUGACAGAAGUCAUAGAAAAAGCUGCUCUUUAAAGACUGCCAACAGUUUCGGAGCUUCGCAAAUUGUGUGUCGUUUUGCACAAUUGUUGUGUCCGAACAUCAACCAUACUGAACACUAUGUGUGUGUAUGUAGACAGACGAGUGGACAUCUUGGCUCUUUGUGUACUGGAGAUAUAAAGAGGCGACGGAAAGCUGCACCUGUAGGAGCCCCUUCAGCAUCAGGUGUGGUGGGUGACGGUGCUCCUCCUCUCCCCGAAACAAAUGUUGGGAACCGUAUGCUGCAGACUAUGGGCUGGACUCCAGGUUCGGGUUUGGGUCCCGAAGGCAGAGGCAUCACAGAGCCCAUCCGUGCGUCUCAGAGGCCAAAGGGAGCUGGACUGGGCUUCAACUGAGCUUUGAGGACAGAUAGAGAAACUCACGGAGACGGCGGUUGGCUCUUCUCUCCGUUAACCUCACCAUUAACAGCAACCAGCGGCCUGAGGGGCAGCACUGAGCCGAUAGCUCCAUAAAUAUAGAGAAGAGAUGAUGGACAGAAUAUAGAGAUAUGCACCAACCCAAAGGAGAACUGAUUCUAGAGCAGACUCACUGCCGCCCCACACACUUCAACUGUUUAAGGCGUCCAAACAUUUAUUAGCUGAUUUGAGUUUUAAUUAACUCCAAAAUAAUUCAUUCAAAAUUUAUAUUUUUAAGAUUUCUAAUGCUGAGAGGUAAAUUUUCGAUAUUUGCAAGAAGCUUUAUUUGGCAAGUACAAAUUCAUAUCAGGUCAUAUUUCACCCCAAAAUAUUACAUUAAUUAUUUUUUUUUUUUGCCUGGAAAUACAGUUAAUUGUAUUAUUAUUUCAAUAAUAAAUUCUCUUUACCUUUAUCCAAUAGGCUACAAUUUCUUUAUGGCACAAUAUAAUUCUCUUUUUUUUAUUUUGGGGUAAAAUAUGACCUAUACAUUGUUCACAAACAAAUAGGAGAACGAUUUUCCAGAAGAUUUUCAAAAAUCUAAAUUAUUUGAUUUAAGAUGAAUUUUGCAUUUAAAUUAUUUUCUUUUUAUUGCAAGUCAUUUAUUGCAGUAUAAAUAAGACCAUUGAGAGUCUUUUAAUGAAUCUCAUCAGAUGAUACCAGCAGAAAUUCAUGAUUUAGGUUUAAUCUUUUAAUUAUUUUCUUAAAAAUAUUUUAGUCUUUAAAUGCAGCCCAGUCUCACGAAAUUACGUACCUGUAGUCUUGUAAAUUUUUUAUUCUUUUUCAUGAUACUGUUCACGAAUUUCCGUUCUUUUUUUGAUCAUAUCACGAAUUUCACGAAUUAUGUGUCAUUGUCACAUAUUGGUUACUUAACUCUUUUGUCUUAUUUUCUUACCAUUGUCGCUUCAGUGAAGGUUAGAUUUACAUAAAAUGACAUCCUUACACAAACCCAACUCUAACCCUAACGCCAGGCGACAAUGGUUUAAAAAUCAGAAAAUAUAAAAAAAUUAAUCUGAAUUUUUUUUAUAAACCAAUACUUAAAGUGACAUCCUAACGCAAACACCAAAUCUAACCCUAAACCGAAGCGACAAUGGUUUGAAAAUAAGAAAAAGCAGUUGAGUAACCAAUACGUGACGAUGACACAUAAACAGAAAUUCGUCAUAUGGUCACGAAAAAACGCAGAAAUUCAUGACAA